GGGGCGGAGGCCCGAGCUGCCCGGGAGGCGUCGAAGGGCGCCUUCCCCGCCCCCGGGAGUCCGGCUGCGGGUCCGUCCGGUCCUGGUGGCGGGCAUGGCCGAGGGCGAGGGGGCACCGGGGCCCCGGCCUCCUUUUCCUCUGCUGCUGCCCGUCCUGCUGCUGUGCCAGGCCGCGGCCGGUGCCAGCUGGGAGCUGACCCUGCUGCACACCAACGACCUGCACAGCCGGCUGGAGCCCACCAGCGUCGAGUCGGGCAAGUGCCAGGGGCCCCCCCGGGCCUGCUUCGGGGGCGUGGCCCGCUUGGCCACCCAGGUGGGCAGACUCCGCCAGGCUCACCCCAACGUGCUGCUGCUGGACGCCGGGGACCAGUACCAGGGCACCAUCUGGUUCACCGUCUACAAGGGCGUCGAGGUGGCCCACUUCAUGAACGCCCUGCGCUACGAUGCCAUGGCCUUAGGAAACCCACGAAUUUGACAACGGUGGUGGACGGUCUUGUUGGAACCACUGCUCAAGAAGGCGAACUUUUCCAUUCUGAGUGCCAACAUCAAAGCCAGGGGUACACUGGCCCCUCGCAUCACCGGAUUCUACCAUCCGUACAAGAUCCUCAAUGUGGGAUCAGAGAAGGUGGGCGUGGUGGGCUACACCUCCAGGGAGACCCCCGUACUUUCAAACCCAGGAAGGGAUUUGGAGUUUGAGGAUGAAAUCACAGCACUGCAGCCCCAAGUGGAUAAGCUCAAGACCCUCGGGGUGAACAAAAUCAUCGCCCUGGGCCACUCAGGCUUCGAAAUGGACAAGCUGAUCGCCCAGAAAGUGAGAGGAGUCGACGUGGUCAUCGGGGGACACACAAACACGUUUCUAUAUACCGGAACUCCGCCAUCCAUCGAGGUCCCAGCUGGAGCUUAUCCUUUCAUCGUCACGUCGGAAGACGGCCGCCGUGUCCCGGUGGUCCAGGCUUAUGCAUUUGGAAAAUAUCUUGGGCAUCUGCAAGUCGUAUUUGAUGAGGCCGGAAAUGUCAUCUCAUCUUCGGGAAACCCCAUCCUUCUCAAUGACAGCAUCCCCGAAGACCCAAGCAUUAAAGCAGAACUGGACAAGUGGAAGGUCAUGUUGACAAACUACUCUUCCCAGGAGUUGGGGAGAACUGCUGUUUUCUUGAAUGGCAGCACACAAUCCUGCCGGUUUGAAGAGUGCAACUUGGGGAAUCUGAUAUGCGAUGCUAUGAUUCACAACAAUCUCAAACACCCAGACGAGCUGAGGUGGAACCACGUUUCCAUGUGCAUCAUGAAUGGAGGCGGCAUUCGGGCAUCCAUUAGUGAAAAGAACAAUGGCGUAAUCCACGAUGAGGUGCUGACAUCGGUGCUGCCCUUUGGGGGGCCACGUUCGAUCUGGUGGAACUCAAACGGCUCCACCUUGCUGAAAGCCUUUGAACACAGCGUGCAUCGCUACGCGGGCGGCUCCAAGGGCGAGUUCCUGCAGGCUCGGGGGUAAUUCCUCCCUCCAGGUAUCCACGUGGAGUACGCCCUUUCCAGGCCCCCUGACAGGGUGGCUAAGAUUGAGGUCCUUUGUACCAAGUGCCGCGUGCCCCGUUACGAGCCCCUGAAACUGGACGAUGUUUUACAAAGUGGUCCUGCCCGCUUCCUGGCCCAGGGCGGCGACAAUUUCCAGAUGAUUAAAGACGGGUUACUCAAGCAUGAUUCCGGUGAUGAAGAUCUCAACGUGGUGUCCCAAUACAUCUCCAAAAUGGAAGUCAUUUAUCCAGCUGUCGAAGGAAGGAAAUUUUCUGCUGGCACUUGGCUCCAAGGAAACCUUAUCCUCGUGUCUCUGCUCUUUGGGGCCGUGACCCCUGAUUUUUCACAGAUAAAAGGAGCCUCCCCCUUCCCACCUGCUGAGACGGUCCCCAACUAAAACUCCCUUACUGUUUCAGGUGCUGGUGUAGCCCUAGCCCUGGGCUCCCAUGUUGAUUCCUGACACCUCCCCAAUUCUAAGGCAUUCCUGUAAUGACAGGGCUCCAGGGAGAAUCCUAAAGCAAGAUCCUGGGAAAUAGCAUCUGAGCAGAAACCCAGCCACAGGUAACCAGAGCCCAUCCAAAGGGCAUUGCCAAUUUGGGAGUCAGUAUGGCCAAGGACCCCUUCCCUCUCUAGUACAAAUAUUUCUGUUCCUAAAGCAUUGAUCUCCUUUCCCCUCCCCUGGAAAGUCACCACUCCAUCCCCAGACAUGUAAGCAGAUUUGCUCACAGCCUCACAAGACUGGGAUUAGUGCAGAAUUGAGUGCCCAGAUCUCCACCCCGACCCACUAGGUACAGUCUUCCGUGGCUGAGACCUGGCCCAGACAGACCCUGGUGACUCUUCUCAGGGAACACCCAACCAAUCAGGAGAAAAGGUGAUGGUCCCACCCUGCCAUUUCAGUUAGGAGUGAAACAAAGGGCACUGGGUGCAAGUCACCAUUGGCCAGGGCAGAAAGCCACCGGCAGGUGUUUAGGAAGACUUGAGGGUUACAGGAGAGCAUACAACUCCGUGCAACAGAGCCAAAUCACGACUUCCUGAUGAGCCCAGCAACUUCCUGAUGAGCCCAAGUCCUUGAGGAAAAAGACCCAACGCCCUGGUGUCAGGGCAUUGUACAAUGGGGAGAGAUCCAAGUGGUCCUUUUUUCUAACCCCCUGCCUUGGGGCAGGGUUACACCCUAAAUCUUCCCAUUCAGGAGGUGCAUCUAGCCUAAAUCUCACCUGUCUCCAGUGAAUGAAAACAAAGUACUGAAGGGGAGCAGGAAAAGAACAUCAAGCCCUUUGGGCUGGGUGAGGCCCAAGCUAGCAGCUGGGUGAAGCUUUGCUUAUGAGGUUUGUCCCGGGCAGAUACAGAGCACCCCCAUUAUUUUGGGAAUUCAGGCCACCUGAUCACAGUUCCAGGUGAAUCCAUUUUAUACAUCCUUGGAACUAGGUGGACAAAGCUAAAAUUGGAAAUUGGAAAACUUUGAUGUUUUUGAGUCUUGAUAGCUUAUUUUCACUACGUAUGGGGCAAAAUGUUUAACUUGUUGGAAUGACAAAAAAAAUUAAAGUCAGAUAUUGUUACUUGUCUUACUUCA